AUGCAUCUAAUAAAAUCCAAUAGUUUGCCUGAUACAAUUGUGCAAGAAUUUAAAAAAUCCAUUCGUGAUUUGCAUGUAAGCCUAGAAAUCAAUAUUAUAAAUAAAAACAAAUCAUUGAAACUUUGCAAUCCUGAAUUUUUCCGUGGAUGCAAAGUUAAAAUUCCAAUAGAGAAUGACAUUGAUCCUUCGGCCAAUAAUGCACAAAUCUCCGGAAAGCUUGCUUCAAGAGGCAUACUGUCAUUUGACGUGCAAGAUAAAGACAGGAAACCUCUUUACCUAAUAAUUACAUGGGCCGUCAAAACUGCAAUGAAGAGGGGAAGAAACUCUGUAGCCAUCACAAUAUGUGAUAAGAAACUUGAAAAAGAAAAUAGUCGUUAUUCAUACAAAAUGUUGCAUAUAAAACAGAAUAGGAAAUAUCCUGGCGACUAUAUUAAUCCUGAUAACAUACAUUAUCGUAUAUCUGGAGGUAUUACCGACGGGUAA